GAGACUUGUGAGGAAGCACAGAACUUAUUGUCAUUCAGAUUUCUGCAGGUCAAUUAUUAACCAGUUUGGAAUGAGACUUGUGUUAAAGCUCCGCCCCGAGUCACCUGAGACACACCAGGUAACAGGCUGUUAUUCUGCCUCACUGAGACGAAGAGACACACACACACACACACUCUGAGAGACGGACGAUAAGAUUCAGCUUCGGACUAAAACCUCCACUUUGACUGAAAGAGGACGACUUCAGGAGAUUACUGGGAAUACUGGAACAGCUCCACUUCACCAGCUGCUGAAUCCACAAACUGAACGACAGUUUUACAGGAAAGUAAAGAAACUUUGAGAGAACAGGGAGUGGCUGAGCUGUUUGUCUGCUGUGUUUUCAGCUUCACUCAGAGACUAAAUGGCUUCCAGAUUAGAGGACGAUCUCUGCUGUUCUGUCUGCCACGACAUCUUUAAAGAUCCUGUCGUCCUGUCAUGCAGCCACAGCUUCUGUAAAGACUGUCUGCAGAGCUGGUGGACGGGGAAACCAACCAGAGAGUGUCCAGUUUGUAAGAGAAGAUCUUCAAAGGAUUAUCCACCUUGUAACCUGGCGUUAAAGAAGCUGUGUGAGAGUUUCUUACAGGAGAGAGAUCAGAGAGCUUCAGAGCCUCUCUGCAGUCUGCACUCUGAGAAACUCAAACUCUUCUGUCUGGACCAUCAGCAGCCAGUGUGUCUCGUCUGCAUAGACUCAGAAGAACAUACCAACCACACAUUCAGAUCCAUUGUUGAAGUUGCACAACAACACAAGAAAAAACUUCAGGAAGCUCUGGAGCCUUUAAAGAAGAAGUUAAAGGUUUUUAAAGAAGUUAAAGUGAAGUUUGAUCAAACAGCAGAACACAUUCAGGUCCAGGCCCGACGCACAGAGACGCAGAUUAAGGAGCAGUUUAAGAGGCUUCACCAGUUUCUAGAAGAGGAAGAGGAGGCCAGGAUGGCUGCACUGAGGGAGGAAGAGGAGCAGAAGAGUCAGAUGAUGAAGGAGAAGAUGGAGGCUCUGAGCAGAGAGAUAGCAGCUCUUUCAGACACAGUCAGAGCCACAGAGGACCAGCUGAGAGCUGAACACGUCUCAUUCCUGCACAACUACAAGGCUGCAGGGAAAAGAGUCCAGCAGCGCCCCCUGCUGGAGGAUCCACAGCUGCCCUCAGGAGCUCUGAUAGACCAGGCCAAACACCUGGGCAACCUGGCCUUCAACAUCUGGAACAAGAUGAAGGACAUGGUCUCCUACAGGCCUGUUGUUCUGGACCCAAACACUGCUCAUCCAGACAUCAUCCUGUCUGAAGAUCUGACCAGUGUGAGAGCAGGAGGAGAGAAACAGCAGCUUCCUGAUAAUCCAGAGAGGAUUGAUGGUUACUAUUGCUCUGUUCUGGGCUCUGAGGGCUAUAAGUCAGGGACUCACAGCUGGGAGGUCGACGUUGGAGACAGUGCAGACUGGAAACUGGGUGUGUCAGCAGAGUCUGUCCCGAGGAGAGGAUACAUACUUUCUGGAUUAUGGAGAAUACAGUUCUGUGGAGGUGCUUUAGCCAGAACGCUCUCCCCAUCAGAUCCAGAAAAUGUUUUCAGAGUGCAGACGAAGCUCCAGAGGAUCAGAGUGAAUCUGGACUGGAACAGAGGAACGCUGUCAUUCUCUGAUCCUGAUGCUAACCGACACAUACACACCUUCACACACACUUUCACUGAGAGACUGUUUCCAUAUUUUGACACUGACGAUGACUUCCCACUGCAGGUUUUACCAGUGAAGGUCUCUGUGGCUGCAGGACAACAGAAAUAGACGAUCAGCUUCGUUCUGUUCAAGACGUCCUGAAGUCUUUGAGGAACAUGUGACUACGUUGUCCUGAUGAUGUUUUUUUCUCCGUCAGUGUGAGGAAAUGAUGUCAUGAUGAUGUCAUGAUGAUGUAACAUCAGAUCAAAGAGCUGUCAAUCACUCUGUGACUGGCAGGCGUCUCUGUGGUUUCCUGUUUGAUUAUUGAACAAAUCUUUAAAGUGAAUUCUCUGUAAAACUUCAUUCUCAGUUUUUUAAAUUUCUUUUAUUGGUGUUUGAGGGUUUUAUGUAAAAAAAAUACUGUCAAAUAAUUGUAAACAACAAUAAGUUAUUUUACAGAUAAUGUAAUUAAUAAUACAGAAAAUAAACAGUUAAUGUCAGGAUUUAAAAUACAUAUAUCUGUAGAAUAACGAAAGUGUUUUUACUUUGAUUCGACGUGUUCGAGUGUUUGACAAACCUUUUACUGCUUUUUUAUUUCCUUUUACAUUUUUUUAAGUUAAACUUAGAGUUUACUAUAAGAAAACAAAAUGUUUCCUUAAUCUUACAUUGAGCAAUAUGUGUAUAUUUUUUUGUAAUUUUUACAUAGAAUUAACUGUCAUUUAAAAUUCAAGACCAUUAAGCAAUUUGAUCAUACUGUAAAAAAAGAAAAUCUGUCCCAUUGUUUUAAUUAACAGAUUUCAACUACCAUGUUAUGGUUAAUAUGUGUAAAUAAAGUAAUUA